AUGUCUCCCGCUGCUCUGUAUGCUCCUCCGGCACCGCCGACGGUGGUAGGCCCUUCCACUAAAAAAGCGACUCGCCCAACCAACAAGCUUCCCCAAUUCCUGAUCGACGAAGCAAAGAUUGCAGAAAAAGAUUCAUUCGAUGCAAGCAAGCAUCUCAGCUACAUCGCUCCCAGCAGCAUAUCUACCAUGAAAGAAAUUGGUCUGGAAGGGCAAGGAAUUUCUCCCAACGCCGUGACCGCGCCGUUUCAACUCUUCACGGAGAAUGCAAUCAAGCAAAUGAGAGCCGAAAUCUUUAGCCAACCUGUUUUGGAUAAUUGCCAGUAUACCUCUGAAUUCGUGAAGAAUACCAUCCGGGGAAUGGGGUCGGAACGAGCACCGUUCACCUGCGACGCAUGGAACUCCCCUGAAGUUCUUUCCAUAAUCUCCGAGGCUGCUGGUAUUGAGCUCGUUCCCGCGAUGGAAUACGAGAUUGCUGCUAUUAAUAUCUCGGUCAACAACCAGACAGUGGAUGUGGUGAAGGAUAAAAACCCCAACGAUGAUGAUCUCCCGGCAUUUGCAUGGCACAGGGACAGCUACCCAUUUGUCUGUGUCACAAUGCUGUCGGAUUGUACUGGUAUGAUUGGAGGAGAGACUGCAUUGAAGACUGCCUCCGGCGAGAUUAGGAAAGUGCGCGGACCUGCCAUGGGAACUGCUGUCGUCAUGCAAGGAAGAUAUAUUGAACAUCAGGCGCUCAAGGCUUUUGGGGGUCGCGAGCGUAUCAGCAUGAUCACAUCCUUCCGUGCGAAGUCACCUCUUAUUCGAGACGAGACGGUCCUCACUAGCGUCAGGCCCAUCAGUGAGGUCUCUGAGCUUUAUACUCAAUUCAACAUCUACAGAAUGGAGAUCCUUGAAGAGCGUUUGCGUGCCCGUCUCGCCCAUGACCGAAGAAAAGAGCUGGCUAAGCGGCCAUUGGAUACUGCUGCUGCUAGGAAGUUCUUGACUGAGCAGAAGGAAUUCCUGGAGGCAACUAUCGCGGAGCUUCUUGACUACUAA